CCUGCUUCUCAUAAGUAUCCUUUAUGUGUAGAGUUUUUCCCUAGACCUGCUUUUACCAUUCAGCCUAUACAAUUACCUAAGCCAUCUGAACAGUCACACUUUUCUGCUAAUACUCCUUCUAUUCAAAACCUUUCUCAUGGCAUGCAAUUUUAUAAGGAUUCUGAGUUUGAUUUGGGUGAUGCUCAACAUACUGUUUCUGGCACAUCAAACCCUAUCUCUUGCACAUCUGACAUUGAUAUGAUAGAAACCAUGAACAACGCAAGCACCUCAGAUUUGGAAGACAGUGAUUCUUUGUCAGAUAGCCCUCUCCCACUCUCACCUCAACCUCAGUAUAACUUCCAUAAUGUAGAAAUCAUCACUCACCAUCAUCCAACUUGCAUUGUUCUUCAUGCCAUAUACCUGAAUAAGAGAGAGCUGAAAUACCAUUUGCAGAUGUAUGCCAUUACUAAUGGUUUUCAAUACAGAACUCUAACCUCAAGGAAAAUCUGUUUACAUGUUAUUUGUGUGGCCAAAAAUUGUAAAUGGAGUGUUCGUGCCGUGAAAUUAGAUGGCGUUGAAAUGUUUCAAAUCCGCAGGUUUGAUCCUGUUCAUGUUUGCUCCAUUGAUUUUAGGCAAGGGAAACAUAGACAAGCUACGUCUUCUGUCAUUGCAAAAUUAGUUGCUCAUAAGUUUUUGGACGCUUCUACAGUCCCAUACAAACCGAAACAAAUCAGGGCUGAUAUGAGCAUGGAAUAUGGAAUUUCCAUGUCAUAUAAGAAGUCAUGGAAAGCCCGUAAACAAGCAAUGGAAAUGCAAUUUGGUUCUGAUGCUGAUUCCUACCAAAUGUUGCCUUCUAUUGGAUACAUGCUUGAUAAGACUAAUCCAGAGUCUAAGAUUACUCUCACUAUAGGGGAUGGUGAUGUUUUUGAAUAUUUUUUCAUUUCCUUGUCUCCUUGGAUAAAUGCGUGGCAGCAUUGUAGGCCUGUUCUUAUUGUUGAUGGAUCAUUCUUGAAAGCUUAUUAUAAA